AUGGGGCGAUGUCAAUAUGCGAUAGACAGUCUUCCUGCAUUUACUCCUCAGUUGAUUGCUUUUUUGUUAGCUGUACUGGAAUUUGUCGUCGUUCUCUUCGCCUACAUUUCUCGAGAAACAUACCGAAAAAAGACAUUUUAUGGACGUGAAGAUUUUGAAGAUAUUCCUGAAGACGAAAAAAUGGACCAUGAAGGAGCAAUUAUGGGUAAAAAUAACGAGGAGCUUCGGAUAGUGCAAUCAGCAGAUAGGUCAGUGGAAAUGGAUGCUGGCACAGUAACUGCUCCAACUGCAAGUGGCGUUAAAGUGAUGGUACGAAGGCGGAAAGCAAGGAACGCUAUUUCGUUAAGUCAUUUCAACUAUGCAAGAAACACAGGUCACGGUGAGCCUCAAGCUACGAGGAUGAUGUCUGAUGCUGAAGAUAAUACUGCCAUUCAUUUUACGCUUGAUGUAGAUCGAACUGCACGAGGAUUCGAAUUCAUCCAUGUGCUUCAGAAAUCAAUCAAAGAGGUUGAAGAAUUCAAAAAUAUUAAGUCUAAAUUAAGCGAUGACGCUGCCGAUCGUUUGUGCGAAUUUGUAAUCCACAAAAUGCGCACUGUUUUGGAAGAGUCGACGCAGCGUAAGUGGAUUGUGCAUGCAGCUAUCCAGAACAAAAGAUGGAAAGUGAGCGGGUUAGAAAAUUUGCUUGAGAAGGGUGGAGAUAUAAGGAUGCAGCAAAUGCUUCGAGUUACUACUCAGGGACCGAUGGCACCAAUAAUCAUUCUCGCAUAUAUGGUUGUUGAUGUGAGUGCUGCACAAGUAGUAAGGCCUUACGGAACUUCGUCACUUGCACCUUUUGCCAUGGUAAGCAGAAGAAGUAGAAGCAAAAUUCCUUUAGAAUCAGCUACACAGUCCGUUUCAAGGUAUUUCUUUUAUACACAGCAUACGAUGAGUUCGAAUCCGUCAGAAAAAUUAUUAGAUGUAGUUGACAGUCGAGCACGAUCACGUGGUAGUAAAAAGAAAGAUAUGGCACGGGGCAGUUCGACGAGCGGGAAGUUUGCCCAUACAGUGCCACGCAGUGCAGUGUAUUCCAAUAGUCGACAAAAGAAGAAGUCAACUCCAUAUGAACCGAAGAAAGGAUAUAACCUGAGAAAUGUUGCUCCAACUAGGCGUGCGUUUUUGAUAGACACCGAAACUCGUUCAAGAUUUCCUAGUUUUCAUAACACGGAAAAACUGCCGAUCGAUAGCACACAAUCUGAGUAA